CUAUAUAUUGAAACUUCUCUCAAGUCUUCUAAUUCUCUUGUUGUAUAUAAUCCCAUCAUGUCGAUCAAGAGUGUGUUUCCUCUCCUAGUGGUUAUCCUAUGCAUCACAGCCUCGGUUAAUGCUCAGUUACCGCAGUUUCCCCCUAUCCAGUUCCCUUUUCCAAAUCCGUUCCAACCGAGUCCCGGUAUGCCGGGGAUGCCUGACCUGACCAAGUGCUGGUCGACAGUUAUGGAUUUGCCAGGAUGCUUGGCAGAGAUCAGACAAGCCGUCAUGACCGGAAAAAUUUGGACCGUUGGUCCAGCUUGUUGUAAAGCUUUCCUAGACGCUGAAGCUAACUGCACACCCAACCUUCCAUUCAACCCGUUUUUCCCACCUAUGCUAAAACAACAGUGCAUGAAAAACGCUGCUCCUCCAACCACCGCACUCUAG